AUGGUUAGAAUGGUAGACCCUAUAGUCAAGGAGCUUAUCGUGUUACAAAUAAUAUACGCGCUCUUACUUCCGAAGAUCAAGCAGGAUCCUCAUAAUCACAACAAUAGCCAUCAUGAUCAACAUAAUAGUUCAGAUAAUGAUACACAUGGACAUCGAAUGGAGCAGAACGCAGCAGGGGUGGAUAGUAUUGUAAUUAGUGGUAAUAUCAAAUUGUCUCUCGUGAAACUGACUAAUGAGAUCCAAAAUAAUGUGCUGGUGAAUGAAAUCAUGGCUGUGAGUAAUCCGACUAAUAAAUUAAAUAUUCAUGAUGUAUUAAAGACAGUGAAUGAUUUGUUUCCGUUACAACGGAUUGUAAUAUCUGAUGGACAAUUAAGUUUCCAUAAUUUGAAGGUGGCAGAAUUAAAAAUGUUAAUAAUGGAAAAAUAUUCACAGUAUAGAAAUCAACAGAUUCAAUAUAUAAAGAAAUUGGAUUCUGAUAUAUUACAGGAAUUGGAUAAAGUCACAAACACACCUGUUACUACAAACACUACUACGGUGAAUACCUCAGGCAGCACACAUGAGAAUAAGAAGCAACGUACAUCGAGUGUUCCGUUAGAUACACACACUACUACACAUGCAAAAGUUCAAUCUCCUGUUGCUAAUAAAAGUAGAACAGGUACACCUGAGGGCUCUAUCACAAUGCGUAACGUUGAUCCAAAACGUGAAAAGUUGUUGCAAUUGUAUAGAGACACUGUAUUAAACAAAUUACAAUCCAAGAACAAAAUCCUAGAUAAAUUAUACAAAUGUCUAGAUAAUAAUGGAAGUACCAAUAAUAGCGAUAGUGCAAACACUAGUAGACUUGCAGUACGCGAAUUACUCAAUUUGGAGAAGAUCAAGGCUACCACUCCUGUGAGUGUCAACCAUUUACAAUUGAUCUUACAAAAGUCUGUCAGUGAUGGGAUCAUGGGUACCCCAACAGGUAGCACUACGUGGACUAUCGCCCGCCAAAUGCAAACUGAACUUGACGACACCGUCCAAUUCAUGCGUCGCGCACUAGAAUGA